CCGUCGUCCGCCCACGGCCCCUGCGCUGAUUUCGGGAAGGGGCCUUGACUUGUCUGGAAGCACGAACUCAGGAGGACGCGACUCCACUAUUCCCGCGGACCUAACCUCACUUUGUUCCUCCUCUGGACUCUGGAUGUUUUUCUCGGGUUUUUUUUUUUUAAUUUUUCUAUUCAAACAACCGACGAGCGACUGUUUAAAUCGGACCCGGAACUUUGGUCGAAGCGUCUGAUGCGCUGAACGAAACGGAAGUGACUUGCCAGCUGUCUGGCUAAUCUUGCUAGUGUCUGAAUGCCAACUUGGGGGGUAAUGGAGUUGAGCAGGCAACUCUGUGGAAAGAUGAGGAAGUCCAACAAGAGGGCUCAAAUCUCCUCUUCUCCUACUUCCUCUUGGGGCUUGGAGAUCCACUUUUACACACCAGAGCUCCAGCUUGAAUACUUCAAAGGAUGCUUCACUGUUGAGGAACUCUGUGUGGAUGCUGCCAAGAAAUGCUCAAUCUCUCCCUUGUGCCACAACCUAUUUGCUCUGUACAAUGAGGUGACAGGAAUAUGGUACCCUCCCAACUAUGAAUUCAAGGUCACAGAUGAAACCAGUAUCAAGUUGCAUUAUCGCAUGAGGUUUUAUUUCAGAAAUUGGCAUGGCACCACUGAGGGAGAGUCUCCAGUUUGGAGACACUGCAUCAGUAAACUCAAAGGAGAUAAAAAUAGCCCACAGAAAACGCCAGAGGGAACGCCCCUGCUCGACGCUGCAUCCCUGGACUACCUGUUCGCCCAGGGCCAGCAUGACUUCCAGAAAGGAUUAAUUCCACUGAGGACGUCCGAUUCAGAGGCAGAGCAACAUGAGAUAGAAAACGAGUGCUUAGGCAUGGCUGUGCUUGCCAUCACUCACUAUUCCAUGAACCCGGCCAUUGCUUCCAAUGAAAUCAGCUACAAACGUUUCAUCCCGGAGUCCCUGAACCGCAACAUCAAGCAGCGCAACAUUCUGACACGCAUCCGCAUCAACAACGUCUUCAAGAAAUUCCUCAGUGAAUUCAACCGCCGCACGGUCAAGGACAGCAACAUCACGGCGUACGACCUGAAGAUCAAGUACUUGGCCACACUGGAGGGCCUGACCAGCGGCCUUGGCAGCGAGCUGUUAGAGCCCAUCACGCUCAGUGUAACACGGGAAGGAGAUCUCAUCAGUGAAGGAAACAGUGUUUACUACAGCCAGAAACAGGGGCAGAACCAGAGCCGGAAUGUGGUGACGAGCCACAACAUGCAAGUUUUGGUGACUGGUACCACUGGCAUUUCCUGGAGAAACAAGCCUGCUAUGUCUGUGAUCUCCAAAGAAAAGGGUAAGUCAAAGAAGAACAAGCUGGAUGGAAAACAGAAAAACAACACAAAGAAAGAUGCAAAUGACGGCUGGGUGGUGUUCUGUGACUUCCACGAGAUCACGCACGCCGCCAUCAAAGAGUCAACAGUCACCAUCAAUCGACAGGACAACAAGAGGAUGGAAAUGCAAAUGGCUUCCCGGGCCGAGGCCCUGUCCUUUGCGGCCCUUGUAGAUGGUUACUUCAGGCUGACAGUUGACGCCCACCACCACCUGUGCAAGGAGGUGGCGCCUGCCUCAGUGGUGUACAACACCGAAAAUGGCUGCCAUGGACCCAUCAGUACGGAAUAUGCCAUCUACAAGCUGCGUCAAGAGGGCAACGAUGAGGGCACCUACAUACUGCGCUGGAGCUGCACUGACUACCAGUACAUGAUCAUCACUGUGGUCUGCAUUGAGAUCGACCCGAAGGAGUCUCGCCCCGUGCACCAGUACAAGAACUUUCAGAUUGAGGUGAUGCCUGAUGGGUACUGUCUGUACGGCACCGACACAUUGCGGUCCACUCUCAGGGAGCUACUGGAUCACCUGGAGGGCCAGAGUCUUCGCACAGACAACCUCCAGUUCCAGCUGCUCCGCUGCUGCCCCCCACAGCCUAGAGAGAUUUCUAACCUGCUGGUGGUCACUAAAGACAGAGCUCCGGCCCCGCAGAAAUCCAUGCAGGAGAGUCAGCUCAGCUUCAUUCGAAUUCUAAAGGAGGAGAUUGAACAGGAGGAGCACCUCGGCCGUGGCACCCGGACCAACAUCUACUCGGGCACACUGCGGGUGAAGAGUGAGGAGGAUGAGGACGCAGGCUACUCAUCCUUCCAGGAUGUCAAGGUUGUCCUGAAGGUGCUGGGUUCUGGACACAGGGACAUCUCAUUGGCCUUCUUUGAAACAGCCAGCAUGAUGCGACAAGUGUCCCAUAAACACAUCGUGCUACUGUAUGGAGUGUGUGUUCGCCACCUGGAAAAUAUCAUGGUGGAGGAAGUUGUGCAACUCGGACCACUGGAUCUGUUUAUGAAGAGACAGCAGAUUCAGCUCAACACCCCAUGGAAGUUCCAGGUGGCCAAGCAGCUGGCCUCUGCUCUCAGCUACUUGGAGGACAAAAAGCUGAUCCAUGGUUUUGUGUGCGCUAAGAACAUCUUGUUGGCCAGAGAUGGACUAGGUGCUGAUGAGGGAGGCCCCUUUAUCAAGCUCAGCGACCCAGGAAUACCAAUCACAGUGCUCACCAGAGAGGAGUGUGUGCAUCGUAUCCCGUGGAUCGCUCCGGAGUGUGUGAAGAACCCCUCUGCCCUGAGUAUCGCAGCUGACAAGUGGGGCUUUGGUACCACACUGUGGGAGAUCUGCUAUGAUGGAGACGUUCCCCUGCAAGAGAAGAAACUUACAGAGAAGGAGAGGUUUUAUGAAACCGAGUACCAGCUGCCCACCCCGGACUGCAUAGAGCUGGCUGAACUGAUGCUGCGUUGUAUGAACUACGACCCCAAGAAGAGACCUUUCUUCAGGGCUAUUGUCAGAGACAUUGACAUGCUGGAAAAAAAAAAACCAUCGUUCAUACCCAAACCUGUACCUGAGGUGGACCCAACGGUGUUUGAAAAGAGAUUCCUGAAGAAGAUCCGAGACCUUGGAGAGGGCCACUUUGGUAAGGUGGAGCUGUGUCGCUAUGAUCCUCGGGGAGAUAAAACUGGCGAGCUGGUGGCGGUGAAGUCACUGAAGCCCGAGAACCGGGACGAGCAGAGCAGCAGCCUCUCGACAGAGAUCAACAUCCUGAAGGCUCUCUACCAUGAAAACAUUGUCAAAUACAAGGGCAUUUGCCAAGAGGAAGGGGGUCACGCCAUUAAGCUGAUCAUGGAGUAUCUUCCACUGGGCAGUUUGAAGGAGUAUCUGCCCAGAAACAAAAGCAAGACCAGCCUCAGCACCCUGCUCAGCUACUCCAUCCAGAUAUGCCAGGGAAUGGAAUAUUUGGGAUCUCAGAAUUACAUCCACCGAGACUUGGCUGCCCGAAAUGUGCUGGUGGAGAACGAGAGGACAGUAAAGAUCGGAGACUUCGGCCUCACCAAGAGCAUCAAGAACAAUGAGGGAUAUUACACCGUCAAGGACGACCAUGACAGUCCAGUUUUCUGGUACGCUCCGGAGUGUCUGACUCUCUGUAAGUUCUACCUUGCCUCAGAUGUUUGGUCCUUCGGGGUGACGAUGUAUGAACUCAUCUCUUAUUGUGACUCCACCAAGAGCCCGAUGACGCUCUUCUGCGGUAUGAUUGGUCGAACUCAGGGACAGAUGACCGUCAUCCGACUGGUGAAGGUGUUGCAAGAAGGCAGGAGGUUGCCAUGCCCUGAGAGCUGCCCUGAGCAUGUGUACGAGCUGAUGCGCAAGUGCUGGGAGCAGUCGCCCGACCGGAGGAUCACCUUCAAGUGCCUGAUCGAGGAGCUGAGCAACAUGCUGCAGGACCUCCAACCGCAAAACAACUUCUGAAUCUCACGUCCUGUUUGAGGUCCCGGGAGUCACGGGGACUUUUGCAUGCAGGCUUGGGAAGAGAUGCAACCGACAAAACUGGUCACAGAUCAGCAUCUGCUUGUGCAAUUUCACUUUACCCAGAGACGGAGUCAGUGCUUCACGCAAAGUCGCGCUUCUUCACAUAUACCCAUAACUAUCAUUUUAGUCAUAUAUAUUUUUUAACAUUUUCAUUGGAUGGUCUCUUAUUCUUGUAUUUUCAUUUGAUUAUAGUGGAUGAAACAAGUUAUUACUCGUUGCUAAAUGUGACCUUAUAGCUUCCAAAAGGAGUUUCAAGUAUAUCUUACACAUUUAACUGUCUGCAUUGUGAGAAACUCACGUCGACCUGUCACUUAUAUAUAUUCUAUGAGCUCGGGCAGCGUUGAUCACUCUCACUGAUGGAGGAUGGAAAGAAGGAACUUGAGCAGAGAGAGGAACAGUUUCAAUGCUCACUAUUACAUUACUUUUGACUUGUGCGACUGUAGAUGGAAGCCUGAGUGGAUCACUGAUGAACUGGUUGAGAAAAAAUGCUGGAAUGGACAAGAAAGAAAACUGAAGAUGGUUUUUUUUCAGCAUUUUGUUUGUUUCAUGGACUCUUUUUGUUUCAGGAAAAGAAAAUCACCUGAAGUUUUUUUCUCAGAGCCAUGAAAGGGUCUGUGAUAAAUGUUUAGAUAUUCUGUGCAGAUGUGCUGAGCGAUCCUGCUUUGUUCUGUAAGACUCUUCAGGUGUCAGACUCUGACAGAGUAACCAAUGUGAAGAGAGUAUCUUGAGUUGUAGUCAUGUUUUAAAGCGGAUGUUUAAUCAUCAAUAUUCCGAUUAACCUUCUACAUUUUCUUUAUUUGUAAUAACGUCUGCCUUACUUGUGUUGAAGAUACCAAGAAAACUGUAUUUGCAGAGAAUCAGUUUUAAAAAAAGAAAAAUCAAAUCAUUUUUAUUUUACAUUAUGCCUAAUCGUACUAUUUAAUCAUACUUUUUUCUAAUAGCACUAUAAAUAGAAGUCUUCAGAUGUAGGAGGAUGAAUGUUAGAGGGAUUUGUAUUUUGAAACAGGUGGAACCUUAAAAAAAAAAAAAAAUUAUGCAUAUGGUUAUUUAAUUCUCAAACAUACAGCAUUUGUGUCGUUUAGGAGUGACAGAUUAAGAUAAGAAUCCCCCACUAGAGGGCAGUAUAACUUCACGUUUCUUCUCCACUACUUGUGUGUGUGUGUCUUGUGUUGCAAGAAUCAGAUCCAAUUGUCAAAAUCAGAGAUUAACCAGUGGCGAUUAUUAACAUGGCAUUUUAUUUUCCAGAGAAUUUUAUUUCUUUCAUAUGAUAUUUGUUCAUUUUAAUCCGUCAAAUUUUUGUUUUAAUCCUCCAAUAUGCCUAGAAAUGUAUAAAAGUGUAUUUUAAAUAUGUACAUGUUGUAAGCUUUGAGCAGAGGGGUAUGAAUCUGUUUUAAAUUCAUAAGUAUGUAGCUGUGAAAUGUCGCUCGGUCACAAAAUACAAAAAUGGUCAGUUCGGUUUAACACAACUCGUGACUUUUACUGUGAAUGUUGGCAAAAUGUAAAAACAACAAAAAGACACAAUUGCGCUUCAGUCCACAUUUUAUUUAGGAAUGUAAAAGACAAUUCCUUCUGCUCAAAAUAAGAGAAAAGAAAUAUAUUUUUCAAAAUAUAAGACAAAAUUAAGAAUUAUGGAAGGUAAAAGUAUCCAUAAAUACACAAUGAAAAAAUAAAUAAAAUCAGUGUUUGUUUUGUUCUCUCUGUGUCAGUCCAAAUGCAGUAUCAUUGUUAUCAUCACCAUUGUCAUUAUUAUUAUUAUUAUUAUUAUCAUCUACUGAAAACUCUGUUCGAUAUAUUACAGGUGUAAGCAGACAUGCUAAAAUUGCUCUAGAAAUACCUUAUUCAAAACAAUAUCAAUGUCAGUAUGAUAUAAAAUCUUUGCAAAAAAUCUACAGUAUAUUUCAGGUCAGAAAAAAAAACCCCCACGUACUUUAAAAGCAAAAAACUGUUACCAAAACGAGAAGCACGGCAAAUCUAGAUUUAUCUACAGCCAUUAAAAUGUGUCUGAAAACUCAGAUAUACUUCGGUAUUGCAAAGCUAUGUGUUCAACACACACACACACACCACAUGGAUUUGUCAUUCACUAUUGCAAAGUCCAGCCUCCCCGCCGACCUUAUGUAAUAUUAGUACUGGUCCAUAGGUGGCCAACUGACGCUUAGAGGUGACUCCGUUUACACAAGAAGAGAAAAAUCUGGAGUUGAACCUGAAGUGAUUCCACGACAUUUG